UUAAAACAAAAGAUUUCCAGUCGCGUAAAUGCAAACAGUCGGCGCUACCAAACAGGUGCAUGAAAUCUCGCACAUGCGCAGUGCAGUCAGUGCAGUCUACCAGCGAUCAACGCGCGUGCGACUGCAGCAACGAAAGUGCUGCGCGUGCCCACCACACUAGAGCAGCGAGGCGUCACAACAAAGCUGGGUGUCUCACCUAAACACAAAGCAAGAAACAUCAGACCAGGAUAGUUAAACAGAGAUGUGGAGAUCGAAUGACAUUUUGGUAGAGGAGAGACCAAGUAUGUCAUCCGCCGAUUUUCUACAGCAACCUGAGCUUCAUCAUGCACAUCCUCACGAAGCAGCAGUUUGCAGCAUUAUGGAGCAAGAGGAAGAAAAGAUAGUUGAAGGUAUAGAGGAAGAAACAGAUGAGAACAUGGAUUGUAAAGACAAACAGACCGUCCAGUCCAUCCAGAGCACCAGCCUACCUGUAUCUCAUAGCCUAGCUAAUCAAAUUCAAGCAAAUGCUACUGAGAAUGCAACAAAUAUACAACAAAUAUACAACCCGGUUGGUAAACACCAGGCUUCCUGUAAAUUGCCCUGUCCUCGCUGUGAGAGAAGGUUCACGAGUAGUCAAGGCCUAGAACGCCACAUGCAAACACACGCUCACACACAGCACUAUAAAUGCAGUCGCUGCAGAAGGACCUUCAGUACGCUAUUUAGUCGUCGGAGGCACGAGAAAAGACACGAAAACCGAAACAGAAAGCCGGAUCAUCGCUCAAACACCACCUACGGUGUCAGUCAGAAUGUGCCUGGCAGUAGUGUACCUGUGAACACUGUAAACCUGUCUAAAGGAGACAAGGUAUUACCAAACCCAGAUUCAGUGAAGUACACUACAUCUGAUGGUAAACAGAAGGGAGCUUCCAAUAAAAACAAUGAUGCCAAAGCCUCAAACCUUUGCAAGUACUGCAAAAAAGCUUUUAGGACAAAUACGAGUCUAAGGAGACAUCAACGGAGGAUCCAUGAGUUCCAACUUCUUCCUAAAAGAGUCUGUAAGAACGUCACAAUCACACAAGAAUCUGAGGGAGAAAAGCUUGUUGAACCCUUACAGGACUCUCAAACUACCAGCCCACAGUGUAUGGAGAACAACAGUCAGGAAAGAGAGUACAUGGUUGACAUCUCUAGCAACAUUUCCGAGAAUCUCAGCUUUUACAUAGAUGGCAAAAUUGUAUCGACAAGCGCUGUAAGUAACUGUGGGAUGAUUCAGAUGACCUCAGAGGGCUCUGUUAUUGGGUUGAAUGCUAUUAUCAUUAGUCCUGCUCAAAUCUCACAGGCUCUUAACAUAGAAGCCAAUACUUGCACCUCUGACCUGUCCGGGCAAUCCUCAACCAAACGCAGAACUUCCACCCCACCUCUACUCCCACAAAUAAAAACAGAAUUGGAAUCCGAAUCCAUCUUAACAGCCUCAUCGUCUUCUCUGUCUUUGUCACUGACCUCUACAUCAGGAACUACACUGGUAGCAACUCAUCUGCCCGAGUCUACGGAGACCGUUGCCUUCCACGGGGAAAGAACUGUCUAUCUGUCUCCCAAACUCAAGCAGCUCCUCCAGAAUCAGGAUGGCAAACCAGCAAUUGCUCUAAUUACAGAAGGCCAGAAGCUGGGCGCUCCAUUAUCUCUAACUGUUUUACCUCCAACAACAAAAUUUAAGAGACGAACAACAUCCCCUCCCAGUUCCUCACAACAAAGCACUGAUUUGAGUGUAGAAAGUGUCAUUCCAGAUCUUGACUCUGCAGAAACCGAGGAUUCAAAGUUGGAUAACCAUAAAUCUCCGGGGUUGAGUUUUCCAUGCAAUGCUGGAGUGGGACAUUUGAACCUGAUCACAAAGAACUCUGAUGGAGUUAAUAUGCAACACGUUUUGCCACUAAACUGCUCUGUAUCAAUAACUGGUGGAAACUCUUGCAAUCAACAGCCAUUGGACCUCUCCAGCUCAAUGAGCAAUGCGGCCUUAGCAGAGUCCAUUUUAGAUUUAAGUGUUGGUGGAAAGAGCAUAGAUUGUGACUCAGAAGGAGUCUACCUCACUCAGCCUGCUUUUAGGAAAACUAAACCCAACUCUGUUAUGCUUCAGAAGGUUCUUAUGAAUGAGUGUAGUGGUGUAGACAUUCCCUCUGUUGAUGUUCCUGCUACAGCAGACGUCUUUGGUGGUCCUGACAUAACAAACUUUGCAGUCAUGGCACUGCCUGAUUCAGGUCUGCCGAACCCUGAAAAACUUUUGUUUGAGUUUACUCUUCCUUCUGCAUCACUUGAUUCAACCACGUCUUUACUUGCUCCUGUCAAUAUCCAUACAGCUGCUCAAAUCCCUCCAACUCAAGCGGUAUCUUCUUCCUCUCCACCUUUUGUAUCCUUUCUACCUACUCCUACAGCGGAGCCCAAUCAAAUUCAAACCCUUUGCUCCACACUCUUGGUAUCUGACACUGUGCCACCCACAAGCAACGUGGAAGACUGUAUUGACUAUCCUGUACAUCUCACACAGGGAGAUUUUAAAGUGACAAUCCCUGACUGGGUGAGCUCUGCUCCUGGGGGUGUGACCCACACCCUUAUACCUGCAGCCCCUUCAAUGAAUUUACAAGGCCCUCAUUGGGUCUCAGAUCCAGCUUUAGGUGAGCUAGCCCAAAGAACAUUGGUAGUAGACUCUGUGUUAGCUUCUGAUGUGCAGAUGUUCCCUCCCUCUCUGCCUGUAGACCAAUCUGGCAUCACUCCCUUGACCUUUCCCACAAACACUGUUGUGAUUGAAUAUACUGUUGCACUGCAAUCUACUGAAAACAUUUUGCCUUCCCUUCCAGCAAAUUCUGUUCAGUGUGUCUCUGACAAUAUAUCUGUAAAUACAAUAACACAGCAAGAGCAUCAAUCACAGCCUCUCAGUCUUGAAAACACCAUUCCGUUGCUAACCACGCAGUCAACACCAGCAGAGAUGUCAUCAACGUCUACAGAUGGCACACCAACCCUUACUGCUUCCAUCAGUGCUGUGAAAGAAGAGAGCAAGGAGGAAGGGAUGCUUAACUCAGUCAGCCCUGCCAAUGCUAAUAUUCAAACUUCUGACUACUCUGAACAGGACAACAAAGUGGAAGAUGAAUUAUCUCCCCUGAAUUCUUUUUGCAAGAACUUCAUGUGCAAUGUUUGUGAGCAGCCCUUUCAGUCUAUGAAGAGUCUCAGUCAACAUGUAAGGGAGCACUCCAAGGAGUGGCCGUAUAAAUGUGAAUUUUGUGUGCAGUUGUUUGACAGUGACACAGGUUUGCUGGAGCACCGUUCCAGUUAUCACGGCAUCGGUAAAAUCUACGUCUGCAAAACAUGUUCUAAGGAAUUCGCUUUCCUCUGCAACUUGGAGCAGCAUCAGCGAGAUCUUCAUCCUGGUCAGGAGUGCUCACACACCGAGGCUGUGCAUGGCAAACUAAGGCCAGAAAAUCAUAACAAUCCCAAAGCUGACAUCAAUGCAAACCUUCCCCUCAUAGAAGGUAAACGAAAAUCUGACAACACAACCUCAAAAGCAGAGGUGGGUGACUUGGGCUCGAACUCUACCGAAGAGUUGUACACCACAAUAAAAAUCAUGGCAUCUGGAGGGGUCAAGCCGAAAGCCCCAGAUGUACGACUGGGAAUUAAUCAACAUUACCCAAGUUUCAAACCGCCUCCGUUCCCGUACCAUAACCGGACACCAACUGGGACAACAGUGGCAUCUGCUACGAACUUCACAACCCACAACAUCCCUCAGACCUUCAGCACGGCCAUUCGGUGCACAAAGUGUGGCAAGAGCUUUGACAACAUGCCCGAACUGCACAAGCACAUAUUAGCAUGUGCUAACGCUAGCGACAGAAAGCGUUACACUCCUAAGAAGAACCCCGUACCACUUAAGCAGUUUGCGAAAGCGCAAAAUGGAGUGUUAUCACCUGCAAAGAUUGUAAAUAGUAGACAAAAUUUUACAAAGAAGAUAACCUUCCAUGAAUCAUCAGUCAAAAUGAAUAUCCUGAAUAAGAGGAAAUCUCGACUGAUGCAAAAGGGCAGACCUGCAGGGGGAAGAAAGGCCUUUGCUCAAGAUGACCUGGGGGUUUAUGCAUGUCCUCACUGCAGCAGAGAGUUCACGUAUACCGCCAGCUUAAAGAAACACAUAGCUUUUAGCUGCCCCAUGAGACCUGCCAUUGGAAAUCCAAAGAAAAGAAACCACUGCAUCGUUUCAGCCCAAGAGAACAACAGAAGCCUUCGGAGACAGAUAGCAAAUCCACAUGGAUCGAACCACGAUCCAAAGAUGAUAACAAAGAGUCAAAUCAACAAGCCAAACACAUCAGUCGACACCACUCAGAAUAUAAGACUUAAAAGAUCCACUGUUCUGUCGACGUCUGUUGUUCAGUCUAGUAAAAAGGGCAGCUUCAUACCGCAGAUAGUCCUCUCCUCUUCUGCUCAGGUAAACUCUCAGGAAGCGGCUGUUCGGGUACAUGUUUUAGGGAAUAAAGUGGAGCAGAGAGUGGAGGAUGUGAAGAUACAGCCCAGAAGAGAGGAGUGUUUGUCUCUGAGGUUAAGGGAGAGAGCAGGUGGACCUGUUACUCGUAGCGUGCAGCAGUCCACCGCCACAACAGGAUUCCUUAAACACUCGGACAGUCACAACAUCAUCGUGCGUCCUGUGGUUUUACAAGUCAAGAAAUAAAAAUUGUGAAAUGAACAGAAAAUAUUGAUGUUAGCUAUUGUAUUGUGACUGUAUAUUUUUUAAAGCUUAAUGAAUCAACACCUAUAGGAUUUUCAGUCAAAUAGUAUGAACGUGAUCAUCUGACCAACUAGUCUUGUGUAAAUAUUUUUGCUCAUUCUGAUGUAGAGGGUGCUCACCCCCAUAUAUUUGUAUAUUUAUUGUGUGUUAAAAAGAGCUCAUCAACUUUGACAACACAGUGUUUAAUUCAUAAAAGUGGUGUGUUUUUUAUUUAUUGUAAGGUGGCAGUUUUGAAGGUACAAGCCUUCAGUCCAACAGCAGCGAUAAGCAGGUUCGGUGCGUUGGAUUGGAAAAAAACCUGUUUAAAUGUAACGAAUAAUGUAGGCCUCUGUUAACAGAUUACAAAAAAACAUACAAAUGUCAUUUUAGAGAGUAUAGUUUUACAUUUCUGGGAGAGUGAUGGUCUCUUGCACUUUAUACGUCAAAGCUAUUCAGUUUCAUUCUUGUUGAGCCACCGAACUGUUGAGUUUCAGUCUCUUAUUUUUGUUACACGUAAAAGGAUCGAGAACUCAAAGGAAUAGUUCACCUUCAUAAAGAAAAUAUUGUCAUCAUUUACUCACCCCGUUGUCACUUUAAACCUGUGUGAUUUUCUUCUGCAAAACACAAAAGAAGAUAUUUUGAAAAAUGUUGGUGACCAAAAACCAUUGGUCCCAUUGACGUUUAUGGACCAGACAAAUCCAGUGUUCUGUUACCAACAUUUUUCAAAAUACCUUUUAUGUUCUGCAGAAGAAAGAUACUGAUACAGGUUUGAAAUGUCAAGAGGUCGUCUAAAUAAUGACAGAAUUUUCAUUUUAUAGUUGGACUAUGCCUUUAAGGAUUUCUUUUUAAAGCAGGGUUAAAGGGAUACUUCACCAAAAUAUGAAAAUUAUGUCAUCAUUUACUCACCUCUGAGUUGUUCCAAAUCUGUAAAAAUGUUGUUGUUCUGAUGAACAAAGAGAAAGAUAUUUGGAAUAAUGCUUAGGACUAGACAUAUGUUGCCCCCCAUUGACUCCCAUUGUAGGAUAAAUGACUUUACAUUUUGAAGAAUGUAUGACAGCAACAGUUCUGGGGCACUUUUGACGACCAUUGUAUUUUUUCCUAAUAUGGUAGUCAAUCGGGGGCAAAAUCUGUCUGGUAAUAAGCAUUCUUCCAAAUAACUUUCUCUGUGUUCAUCACAACAAGGAAAUGUAUACAGAUUUGGAACAACUCGAGGGUGAGUAAAUAAUGACAGAAUAUACAUUUUUGGAUGAAGUAUCCCUUUAAAACUAAACUCCUGGAGCUGAUUUUAUAGCCCUUCUGUGUAGAUCAUAUUCAUCUGUGUCUGAUGCACUGCAAUAAAAUCUAUUUAUUACUACUAAUUAUUUAUUAAUGUAAAUAUUCAGUGUUUAGGGGGAAGACAAAUGUGUCUUAGUGAAGUUUACAGAUAUCACUGCAUUGUAACUGGAUUUUGUAGGUGUUGUUGUGUUUUAUUUGUUACAUGCUGUAUGUGUAGCAUGCCAGAGGUGUAAUGUAUGAAUGGUAGUGUGAGUGUUGGUGUAUCACACUCUGCAAUAUAGCACAGAUAUAUGCAGUAUAUUGAAAACAUCUGUGCUCAAAUGGCAGGGUUUAUGUAUGUUCUGUUCACAAAGAAUAUUUAAUUGUUCAAACUUC